GCAGCAGGUUUCUGUGUAACAAAAUUAUGUUAUGAUUCCAUUGUUGCUAUCGUUACCGUAUAAAGUAACAUAACAUAUAUGAAACAUAACAAGGAAAGGUCUUCACCAUUUCAAUCCAGAGCUUGGAGAGAAAUUGACUAUCACAGCGGUUGCAAAGCAAGGAUUUACUAGCAAGCAGAAAUUUGUUGGAUUGCAAAACCACUUACCAUCGACUGACAGCAUGGGAAAAGCAAAGAUGAAGACAAAGUGGCUACAGGACAGCAGCCCUGAAUCCCUCCAACACCCUCCCGAAAAAACGUAUUGGACCACAUUUGGUGCUCUGCUGGCGAGAAGCUCCAGCCCUCAGCCUUCCACCUCUGGCUUCCAACAUGGACGACCGAAGGCUGCCAAUCAAGAGGUAAACACUGCCCAGCCAGUGAGGAGGUCAAGCCCCCAGCCCUCCACCUCUGGUUUACACUUGAACCGUGACUGGAGAGCAAGGAGAUCCAGCCCCCAUCCCUCCACCUCUGGUUUACACUUGAACCGUGACUGGAGAGCGAGGAGAUCCAGCCCUCAGCCCUCCACCUCUGCCUUCAAGCGUGGGAGAAAGGAGGCUGACCAGGAAGAGCUACCCCCUGGUCGGCGAGUGAGGAGUUCCAGCCCUCAGCCCUUCAGCUCUGGCCUUCUGUGUAGACGACAGAUAAACGAAGAUGAUGUGGUCCAACCCUCAGUCUUCUACCUCUUUUUACAACCCUGGAAGAGAGGAGGCUGACCAGGAAGAGCAGGAACGCCAAAGAUUCUGGAGCGGGUACUACAGAGUCCAGAGUGACACCGAUGGGUCCCGCCCCACCGUGCGCUUCCCUUAUUGUUUUCUACCAAAAAUUGUUAAUGUUAAUAUUGUAUGUACUGGGUAUGGUGUCGGGGUGGUGGAACAGGUCUUCAUUUACACCACAGAUGGAGUAUUUCUCACUCACUCAAGGGCAGUCUCCAUUAGAGAGUCUUUAAGUGGCAAAUCCAUCGGCCACACAUUUCUUUUCCUUCCUACCUACAUAGUUACUGCUAAGUUUAAGAUAUAGAGUACUAAUGAUAAGUUAUUCAAAAUGUACUAAUAGUACGUUCAGAAUAUCUCACCAUCUCUUUUUUAACUUUAAAAAAAGCUUUUAGUGUUUAAGAUACAGUAGUGAUAAGUUUAGAUUUAGAUGUUCUGUCAAUUCUGUUAUAAUCCUUCAUUUACAAUAAAUUUUUGACUUUUCAUGUUAUGACAUAAAACAAACAAAAUAAAAACCAACUAAUCUAAUGGACCAGUUUUAUAUUUUUAUUGAUUUGAUGGGAUGUUUCCAAAGGGUCGUGCCUAUUUAUCUUUUAAUGUUUUGUUUUAUGUUUUCAUUUAUUUUAUGUUUCUUAAGGUUAAUAAAAUUUGCUAAAAGAUUC